AAGAAGAAAAGGUCACCACCAUGAAAAGCAUUCACUCCCUGGCUGGCAUCCUCCUGGUCCUCGGCUUUGUUCAGAGCAGUUGGCAGGUUCCUCUGCGUGAUGCUGAUGACAGCUUAAGUUUUGAGUCAGACAACACAUUAAAUGACGAGCCUGUGGAGUUGUCAAGCAUGAAGAGACACUCAGAGGGAACUUUCUCAAAUGACUACAGUAAAUAUCUGGAGGACAGGAAAGCACAGGACUUUGUUCGGUGGCUGAUGAACAACAAGAGGAGUGGUGCUGCGGAGAAGCGACAUGCAGAUGGCACCUUCACCAGCGAUGUAAGCUCCUUCCUCAAAGACCAGGCAAUCAAAGACUUUGUUGCCAAUCUCAAGUCUGGACAAGUCCAAAGAGAAUCUGAAAUGGAAAGAUGGGGUGAAAGAUUCAGCAAGAGGCACGUAGAUGGAAGCUUCACCAGCGAUGUGAACAAGGUGCUGGAUUCCAUGGCUGCCAAGGAAUAUUUACUCUGGGUCAUGACCUCCAAGCCUUCAGGAGAAAGUAAAAGACAGGCAGAUGAAUGAGAGUCUGCUCCAGGUCGCUCCCUGCAUGCUGCAAACAAAGCCAUACACAGGAGGAAUUGAAAGCCAUACUGCUUUGCAUGAUGUAAUGUCAAAACUAUAUUUAAGUUUUUCUUUUUUACUUUUUUGUGAAUGUAAGGCAAAGACACAAAACAUAUAAAAUACUCUUCCGUAGAAUUUACAGUACACAAAAGAAGAAAUUCAAUUUUACAAUUUUAAAUUAUUUUCUAUAUUUUUAACAUGAACACAAAAACGCUCAAUCUCAGGUAGGCCUAUGGAAAGCACAUCUAGCUUAUGAUUGUCAUUAUAUAUUAAUAUUCUGCUCUGCAAAAUAAAGUUUUCAGUCACAGUUU